AUGCUCGAUAACUUUAUUUCUGUUAGUUAUGGUUCUAAAUAAGGACUUAAAUUUAAUUUAAUUAAUUAUUAAAUUGAAUUAGAUCAUGUUACAAAAUUACCUUAAAUCUAAUUGCAAGAAGAAAAAAAUUAUAAAUUUAUCAAAUAGUUUUCGGAUAUAUCAUAAUUAACUCAGAAAGAGCUAUUAUUUUUUGAAAAAUCAUAAAAAAUUACAAGAUUAACAAAGGUAAUAUGCCCUAAUAUUAUUAAGAGGUUUAAUCAAAAAAAUAAUUAAUUGUUGUAGAAACAGAAAAACAAUUAGAAUAAUGUAUGAAUAAUUUAAUUUAAAAUUAUAAUGUUGUGGGAAUAGAUACUGAACAUUUUAUUGAUAAAAUAGAUAAAUAUAAAAUAGCUUUUAUUUGCACAAUUUAAUUAUCUACUAUAGAUGUAGAUUAUGUAAUAGAUGCAAUGAGAUUUAGACAUAUCUGUAAUAAAUAUUUAAAACCUAUUUUUGAAAAUUAAGAAUUAUAAAAAAUUUUUCAUGGUUGUGAUGUUGAUAUAAUAAUUCUAUUUAGUGAUUUAAAAUUAAUUUUGAAAUCAAUAUUAGAUUCAAGUAAGAUUGAUAUGGCUUUAAUUAAAUCUCCAAAUGCUUAAUCUUUAGAAAAAUUAUGCAAAAAACAUUUGAACAUUCAUUUAGAUAAACUAUAUCAAAGAUCAGAUUGGAGAAUAAGACCACUACCUAAAGAAGUGAUAGAUUAUGCUAGAUUAGAUUCAGAUAGUCUAUUAUUUUAAUACCCAAUAUUAAUUGAUGAAGUAAUAAUCCUUAUAUAUUUUUAAGUGCAGAAAAUCUAAUUUAAUCACCAAAGUGUUUAAUCAAUGCCAUAAGUUGAGUUUGAUUAAACAAUAUCUAUUAAUAAAUAUUAUAAAUAAGAUUGAUAUUUCUGCUCUUUCUAGAAAGCUCCAAAGGAAUUGUAUUACAACAGAAUUUAAUAAAUGCCUUAAUUAAAAUAUAUAAAAGCAAAUUUCUAGAAUAAUAAGAACAUAAUAUUAAUGAUAAGAAAUUUUUUGCGACCUUUAGCAUAACUUUAAAAAAGAGUUUAACAUGUUUAUUACUUUUCCUUUUCAAAAUAAAACAAAUUAGCAAAAGAGUAAAAUUAAUAGUUAAAAUAGAUCAUCCUAAUUAAUCUUAAAAAAUUAAGAAUUUGAUAAAUUAGUUGAAUAUUGGGAUAACAAAGUUUCAUAACCCAAAUAAAAUUCAGUUUCAAUUUAGAAAGUAUUAUAAAAAAUCCAUCUUGCUGAAAAUUUGAUUGGCAGUGAAUUAUAAGAUAAGAAUUGGGAAUUUUUUGAAGAAAUGUUCGAUAAGAACUUUAUAGAAAGAUUAUAUAUUCCAAAACAAUAUCCAUAAAAGAUUUAAUUGAUAUUAAAUAUUUCAAUGGAAUUAUCCUUAUUGGAAUACCAUUAUAGAUUAAACAGAAGAGAAAUACAAUUAUUAGAAUUAGUGUUAGAGUAAAAUAAAUUAUAUAAAUUAGGCGAAUUAAAGGCAUAUUAGAAAACAUAUAUAAUUUUGAAUCAAAAAUAAGUGAUUUAGGCGAAGCUGAAUUUAACAAUUUGUUAAGGCAAUCUUAAUAUUUUGACAUGAAGGCUUUCUAUUAGAAAACUUUAAACCCAGAAGGUUAUGUUCAAUUUUUAGAAGAAUCAACUAAAUGUCUAGAUUAAGCAGUUAAAAUUGUUAAUGACAUUAUCAAACAUAAAGAGAAUGUUGAAUAAAUUAAAUAUUAAGUUGGAAAACAAUAAGCUAUGAGUAAAAUAGCUAGAAAUUUUGAGAUAUUAGCUGAAUUCUUAUUAAUUUCUGGAUAAGAGGAAGAAGCUAGAUCAUUUUUAGAAAAAGCUCAUGAAGUAUUAAUUGAAAUCUAAUUUAGAUUUAUGAAACUUUUGCUAGCGGUAUAACACCUAAAUCAAUUUUAUGCUAAUGUAGAAUAGCAAGAUCCUAUUUAAAAGAAAAUUAUGAGAAAUCUAUUUAAUUAAUUUAAGAAUUAUAUGAUGAAAUUUCAUAAUAUGGAGAAUCUGAAUUCUUACUUUUAGUUUAAAUGUAUAAAUUUGUUAUUCAAUCCUAAAAAGAAGUAAAUGAGGCAGAUUAUGAAAAACUUUUUGAAACUAUGAAAAAUUUUAGAGUGACAGAUCCUUUUAUUAUAUCAGAAGUGUUGCUUUUAUCUAUAGAAUACACUUUUAAAUAAGGUUAUAGUAAAGCUUUGUCUGAACAUAUACAUUAAGCUUUAAUUCUUAUAGAAAAUAGUUCAGAAAAAAUAAAUUUAGAAUAAUUACUACAUUUAACUGCUUAAGUUAUAAUUGAAUUGCCAGUUGAUAUCAAAGAUUAACAAGGUUUAUUAAAAGUUAUUUAUGAAAAUUUUGAGAAAUUUAGAAAUUAAAUUGAUGAUGCCUAUUUCCAGGAUCAUUUAUUAUUAUAAGCUUUAAUCAGAGCUAAACUUCUUUAAUUUGAUAAACAAGAAGCAGAAGCAAUUAUAAAGCCAAUCUUAUAAUUUGUAAGAUUUAUUAAUAAUUUUUAGAUUGAAUAAGCAUAAAAUAGUAAAGAACCACAAUUUCUCAAUCACAUUAAAUAAAUUUAGAGAUUUUUAGAGAAAAACGGACUUUUAUUUGCUAAAAAAUAAAUCGAAGACUUAAGUUCUUAUAAAUGA